CUGAAUCAACUACUCCGGAGGUUCGUCCUGUUUUUCUCUUCUGACCGCAUUGACACGGGAACUGGCAAUCAAUAUACUGGGUGUUUCUGCGUCUAUCGAGAUGCAUCUGGCUGAUUUGGUCGCAGGUUGACGACAGCACCAAAACCAUCAUCGUCUCCUCGUAUAUCGAGAACAAUCAACUUAAUUAACUACUUCUUUCUUUCGUCCAUCGCUGCCCUGCCCUGUUGCUCUGCCCUGCUCCAGGCUCCGCGAUGCGACUGUUCUCGGCUCCCCUCAUCCUUCUGCUGGGCGUUGCCUCCAGCUGGGCGGCCGACGAUGGCAAGACGACCAGCAGCAGCAGCGACACCACGACGGGCGAUGCCACUCUCAAGAUCAUCUCUGCCACGGGCGCUGAUGUGCCAACGGGUCCUUAUCAGACCUACUCGAGCACCAUCGUCCUCUCCACGACGGCCAAGGACGGCGAGGCAACCUCGACUACCAGCACCGCCAGUGGUUCAGGAUCCGACACAGCAUCAGCCUCAGGGACUGCCACGGGCAAUUCCACCGAUGCCAGCGCUCAUACUACCACUUCAGCCUCGCUCACCAUGCUGGUCGGCGGCCAGGGCGCGGGCACCACCACGCUAUCAGGCAAUGCGACCGCGACCGGUAAUUCUUCCAUGACUUCUUCGUCCACCUCGCAGACGCCGCUACCCACCAACACUCAGCCAUGCAAUGGCUAUCCCGAGUUCUGUGCCCGCAAUUACUCCAACAUCACCAUGGUCGCCGCACACAACAGUCCCUUUGUGCGACCAGGCAAUUGGGCCUCCAACCAGGCCCUGCCGGUGACCACUCAGCUCAACGACGGCAUCCGCAUGUUGCAAUUCCAAACCCACUGGGAGAAUAACACCAUCUGGCUGUGUCACACCUCGUGUGAUAUACUCAAUGCGGGCACGCUCGAGAGCUAUCUCGUCACCGUCACCCAGUGGCUGCGACAGAACCCGUACGACGUGCUCACCAUUCUGAUGGGCAAUUCAGACUUCAUCGGGGUGGGCAACUACUCAUCGCCGAUCGAAAGCUCGGGACUGAUUGACUAUGUCUACACGCCUCCCAGGAUCCCCAUGGGGGUCAACGACUGGCCUACCCUGUCGAGCAUGAUCCUGUCGGGCAAGCGUGUCGUUGUGUUCCUGGAUUAUCAAGCCAACCAGACCGAGGUUCCCUACGUGAUCGACGAGUUCGGCAAUAUGUUUGAAACUCCCUUCUCCCCCACGGACCGGAAUUUCCCUUGCACUGUCCAGCGGCCUCCGAAUCUGCCCGCCGACCAGGCAGAGGAUCGCUUGUAUAUGGCCAACCACAAUCUGAACCUGGAGGUCUCUUUUGCUGGCAUCAAUCUGCUGAUCCCGAACUCGGCCCUGCUGGACGAGACCAACGGCGUCAGCGGCUAUGGAAGUCUGGGCUGGAUGGCAGAGAAUUGUACUAGGGACUGGAACCGGCCCCCCAACUUCCUGCUGGUCGAUUACUACAACUACGGCACUCCCAACGGCUCUGUCUUCGAAGUCGCCGCGGAUAUGAACAAUGUUACGUGGAACGGCAAGUGCUGCGGUACCGGAACUUCUGGAGCUUCUGCUCUCUUGGGAGGAAGCAAGAACAUCUGGCUCGCAAGCUUGAUGAGUCUGGUUGUCAGUCUGCUUCUGUGAUUUGACUUCCGUGAUAGCAAGAGAGCUUCAGCACUUGGGUAGGCGUUCUGGGUAUAUAUAUGUUUUCUUGUAUAUGAUUUGUGCUCCAUUUUCCCUUCCCUUUCCUCUCUGCUAGGAUCAGGGUCGGGCAUAUGAGAGGUUACUCUAUAUCCUGCUUGGGUUUUUUGUUCCCGUCUUCUUUUUUGCAUAGCCUGAGCGUGGCCCCUACACAGUGCCCGUAUAUACCCAUACGCCUGCAUUGAUUAGGUAGCCAUAGAAGAGAAUGAUAGAAUAGACUAGUGUAUCAUAUUGUAAUGACAGUUUCACGGCGCUUGUUAUAGAGCUCCAACUUGGCUUCAAUCAUAAAAUAACGGGCGUCAUUCGAGGGUAGUUAAUAGUUAUACGAGGUCAAUUAGUAACGAAG